AUGAGUUUCAUAGGUGGUGUAAAAGAGCUGGUAAGGUCUUAUGAUCGAGCAAAAGGUGUUGAUUAUGAGAAUAUAUUUUUCAGUCUACAGAAGCUGAUACGAAAACUAAUUCCAGUGGGUGAGGAUAACCUAACUUGGACAUUGUUGAAGAACGUGAAAAGUGAUAACCGUUACGAAGAUCUUGAGCGCUUAAGUCAAAUUGAAAGCAAGCUAAGUGUGGCUCUUGGAGUAUUCCAAGAGUGUUUUGAUCCAAUUAUUAAUGAUCUCACUGGGAGAGAUAUUGUAUCAGAUGUUAUUUUUAGUAGAAGUUCAGAACUUAAGCAUUUUAACUUUCGUGGGUCCUACAUUGUGAUUCUGGAGAGUAAUGACCAUGUGGUUUUUGCUGAAACCAUAAGGAUUUUAUGGCCAAAAGGUUACAGAGUUACCUUUUGUGGCCACUAG